AGAAUCAACAAACCGACCUUAGCUCAGUUGGCAGAGCGGAAGACUGUAGUGGGUUUAAAGCCUUCCGGUAUCUUUAGGUCGCUGGUUCGAUUCCGGCAGGUCGGAUUUUUUUUCCCUCUAUUUUUUUUUUUUCCUUAUUUUCUUCCUAACCCUUUACUAUUUCACUGCCCACUUUCCAAGGAAACCCAAUUCAACGUCUUUUGCAAAUUCAAUUGUCUGAUCCAAUAAUUUUGCUUUUCUGAGAAGAAUUUAGCAAAAUCAAAAUUCCCAAUUAUCUAUGGCUAACACAAUGCGGUUGUAUCUGACUUGCAUAAGGAACACUUUGGAGGCUGCUAUGUGUCUACAGAAUUUUCCAUGUCAAGAAGUAGAAAGGCAUAAUAAACCAGAAGUUGAAAUGAAGACGAGCCCUGAGCUUCUACUAAAUCCUGUAAUGAUUUGUAGAAACGAGGCUGAAAAGUGUUUGAUAGAAACAUCAAUAAAUUCCCUAAGAAUUAGCCUUAAGGUAAAACAAGCUGAUGAACUUGAGAAUAUACUAGCCAAAAAGUUCCUUAGAUUUUUGUCGAUGAGGGCUGAAGCUUUUCAGGUUCUGAGGAGAAAACCUGUACAGGGAUAUGACAUUAGCUUUCUCAUCACCAAUUUUCAUUGUGAGGAGAUGCAAAAACAGAGACUUAUAGAUUUUAUUGUGCAGUUUAUGGAGGACAUUGAUAAAGAGAUCAAUGAGUUGAAAUUGUCAGUAAACACUCGGGGGAGGCUUGUGGCUACUGAAUUUCUUAAGCAAUUUGUAUGAAGGAAUCAGUAUCGAAGCUUGGUAGUUUACAAGACAUGGUGAUACAGCUACCUCAGCUGGCAAAGGAGCUGACUAGUACUGUGCUAAUGAACAUUCCGCUUUUUCACCAAACGAUUGAAAAGAAGCAGGGAACUCGGAUAAAAUCAAAAGGAAUUCCCGUUACCUUCAUGGGGUCGAAUGUGGUAUCUUGCAUUAUGUGAUAUUACAGAAUUUUAACUAUUAGUUGUAAAUUUGUAUGUUCGGUUUGUUGCUUUACAAUACUAAGUAGACAGCAUUACAAUAUACUCCGUAAGGUACAAAUGAUGAGAAGUUGCUGAAUUCUUGACAUCAGUUUUCAAAGUUUAACCUUCUGGUUUUGGUGCAAAAUUACGGAUGUUAGAUUCUUUCUUGAUCUCUCUUUGAUGAUGACUUGCUCAAAGAGGUCAUUUCUCAAGGGUGUCCAAGAAGAUGGAUUGAACUGUGUUUCAUUUCUA